CUGCGUAAUGACGUAUAACGGCGCAUGACAGUUGCGGCCACGUCUCUCCGUCUCUACGCCGCCGAGAUGGCAGGAGGUGUGCGGAGAAAGUCUCCCGGUUCCCCGUCCCCACUGUGGGGAAAACUUUACACACUGUGGCAGGACAAACAUUUGGUCCUGUUCAAGACGGAGUACACGUUACUGGUCGUUUCAGUGUUGUGGUUCCUGGAGAUCGGGAUCAAUGUGUGGGUCAUACAGAAAGUAGCGUACACCGAGAUCGACUGGAAAGCCUACAUGGAUGAAGUAGAGGGAGUCAUCAAUGGUACCUAUGACUACACCGAGCUUAAAGGAGACACCGGCCCCUUGGUGUACCCGGCUGGCUUUGUCUACAUCUUCACAGCUCUGUACUACAUCACAAGCCACGGGCUGAACAUCCGUCUGGCCCAGUACCUUUUCGCUGUUUUCUACCUCAUCACACUGCUGCUCGUCUUCAGGAUAUACCAUCGCACUAAGAAGGUUCCUCCCUAUGUGUUCUUCUUUGUGUGCUGUGCUUCUUAUCGUAUCCACUCCAUCUUUGUGCUGCGUCUCUUUAACGAUCCGGUGGCCAUGAUGCUGCUGUUUGCAGCUGUCAACCUCUUCAUGGACGGAUACUGGACUCUGGGCUGCGGUCUUUACAGUUUAGCAGUGUCUGUGAAAAUGAAUGUGCUUCUUUUUGCUCCGGGACUACUUUUCCUCCUCCUGUCUGAGUUUGGUCUCAUCAGAACAAUCCCUAAACUUGCUCUUUGUGCAGCCAUACAGUUUUUGCUUGGUCUGCCUUUCCUCAUGGAGAAUCCCAUCGGUUAUAUGAGCCGGGCGUUUGAUCUUGGUCGUCAGUUUAUGUUCAAGUGGACGGUCAACUGGCGCUUCCUGCCAGAAUGGCUCUUCUUGAAUCGGUACUUCCACAUACUCCUGCUGGCUGCCCACCUGCUUACCCUGCUGCUCUUUGCUCUCCGCCGUUGGAAGAGGCCAGGAGAAAGCAUCUUUGAACUCCUCAAGGAGCCCAGCAAGAGGAAAACCCCCGCUCAAAAAAACAACGUUGAUCAGAUAGUGCUGAUUCUGUUCACCUCUAACUUCAUUGGCAUGUGCUUCAGUCGUUCGUUGCACUACCAGUUCUACGUCUGGUACUUCCACACGCUGCCCUACCUGCUCUGGAGUGGAGGAGUCAAGAAGCUGGCCCACCUGCUCAGGGUCCUGAUCCUGGGUCUGAUCGAGCUUUCAUGGAACACCUACCCCUCCACUAACAGCAGCUCAGCUGCGCUCCACGUCUGUCACCUCAUCAUCCUCCUCUGUCUGUGGCUGGCUCCACCGCUACCUUCAGCCCAGGCAGAAACACAAGAACACACACCCAACAAGGACAAACGCCAGUGAGCCACAGCCUGAUGGGACCGGACGUCGUCUUUUGGUCUUAUCAGCUGUUGAACAGCCUCCAUCACCCUCCUCUCUUUGACCCUCACAACACCUGUGCAGAGGGAGGUCACUGGGAUAGACUGUUUUUAUAGGUGAAUACAGGGAGCCAUUUAAUGCUUCUCAUCUCAGCUCACUGCUAAAAGUGGAGGAAGCUAACGUGUGGGUGCAGUCUGCAGACAGAUACCUGCAUGAUGAAGUAGUCCAUUGCACGCGAAGAGCUGAAAAGAGAAAGAAAAUACAGAUUCUCAGGUUUCAUUUUCAGAUACAUUGAGUGUAGUAGAUUGCUGAGAGCAAGUUGUGACUGUUAUGUUGUUUUGAGAGAAUUUGUUACAGGCUAUAUUUCUACAAAUUAUGUCAACACUGUGCCCAUAUUUCAACUGGCCUACUCAUUUUCCCCUUGCUUAAUAUUAUCAAAAGUCAAUUUACUGGUGCACUAAUGAUCAUGUACAUUGUGUUAAAGGUCCAGUGUGUAGGUUUCAUUAGCAUCUAGCAGUGAGGUUGCAGAGCCGAAACUUCUCCUAUGUACCAGGCACAUAGGAGAACUACGGUGGCCGACAGGAUAACGCAAAACACCAGAGCCAGCGUUUGGUGGAUUCCAUGGAAGAGGACCUGCUUCGUAUGUAGAUAUAUACAGAUCAUUUUAAGGUAACAAAAACACAACAUUUAUACUAAUGAAUACAAAGUUAUGAAUAUUAUACACCAUUUCUGCCAGUAUGAAGAUGACCCUAAAUCCUACACACUGGACCUCUAGGAAGGGAGUAUAUUUCAGAACGUCAUUAAUAUGAUACUUGAAUGUUGCAUCAAAAGCUUUAAAUUAAUUGCAUACAGUCAUUUCCACUUGCCACGAUAUCUGCCGUAUUCUCCCCUACAAGGCCAAAAAUAAUUUUCAGUAGUUGCAUCAUUUUUCAAAAUUCUCUAAAACCAAGCUGUAGACAAUCGUGGCUAUUUGUCUGACUUAUUAUGAAAUUGAUUCAUCUUCUGUUGUGAGUGGCUCACUACACUCAUGAGCACAUGAGUAGAUAUAAUGUGAAAAAAAUGGAGUAGACUCAGACAGCAAAAGUGUGACAUUUUAUAUUAAACAGAUGCCACUUAA